CCGGCGUAGACGUUGCGUCGUUCUCGAUUUUCGCGCUGCGAUCGUGUUUUGAUUACUCCGAUCUCUUCACAGCUAUCUAAAUUAUAACAGAAAUUUUCUCAGCUGAAUAAAUAAAGUGUAUUGACUGUGUUAAAAAGUGCUAGAAAGUUUUUGAACUGUUUGAGAAUAAGUGUGAAUUAAGUCUUAAAGAUUACCCGUGUUGACGUUUUCGUGAAUAUCUCGGAACGAAAGAAAUUUGUCUAACCUACAUUGACGGAGCGACGCCGGUGCUAAGUGAAAGUUUAAAAACUAUGCUGUUUUUCUGCAGUCAUAGUUGGAUUUAACAAAAGCCAUUUAGAACCGCCUUUUGUCGCACAAACGGUUGUUGAGAAGAAUUUCUUUUAAGGACUGAAAAAUAAUUGGAAAAGUUCCGGUACACUUAUGGGAAAAUUCGCAGCUGUGUGACCCGAAAACUGUAAUAAAAAUAAACGAUUCCGCAAGAUUUAUCUUCAGGUUGGAGUUCGAUAUCUUAGGAUGAUUAAUAACUUGUAUGACGAGGGAUUUGCGAGGAUGGUUUUUGGCCGUUGAACGUUUUUGGUGUUGAGAAGUUUUUUGGUGUUCUUUAUGAGGGAAAGGCGGUCUUUUCCGAUAAGCAGCGACGUGGCGUUGAAGAGUGAUAAGAAUGGAACAGGGAAAGGGUUGGUGGUGAACUCUGUGAUCUGUGGUGUGGUGGAUGAACUGUCCAACGGGAGGAGCAGGCGUGGCUCGUGGGUGCGGCACGCAGUCAUGGGAGUGCUGCGGUGGAAGGAUUUGACAGGCGUCAGGACCAGCACGCCAACUGAACCAAAAGAGGUGUCGCGGAUCGAGAACCGCCGCACCGUGUCGCUCGGCGACCGGCUGCCGUACGGCGCGGACCCGCGCGUGCCGCCGGCGCACGGUACGGUCGCGCCAGCUUCACCCGGCGCGGCGGCGGCGCAGAGGAAGGUCGCGCUCGCAUGUCAGGCCAGCAGGAGACUGCUGGAGGACACGCUCGCUAAACCUGGAACCCCACCGACGAUAGUCCAGCCUCCCAAUGGAGGGUACUGGGUGGACGGCGUCGACGAGACGCCGGAUGAGGACCACGAGCCGCGCUCGCAGCCCGGGACUCCACGGCAGGCUGGUCGCCGACACAACAUCGACACAGAUGACAUCGCGAAGUAUUACAGACGAUUCUUCUUAGGCAAGGAGCACAUAAACUUGGUCGGCACAGACGAGAACUUGGGGCCAGUCGUGAUGUCCCUCAAGAACGAACACAUGGCGGGUCACGACCACACCAGGAUACUCCUCAGACUACGCACAGAGACCAUGCACGGACUCAUACCCACCACUAGAUCAGCAGCAAUGCCAUCGCCUUUAAAAAUGGCGAAGAUGCUUAACGACCAAGUGAACGUCGACAACUUCAUGGCGGUGAUGUGUCUCAACGCGUCAUCGCUGAUCUCAACAUACGACGAACACGUACUGGUCGCGACAUUCAAGUUCGGAGUACUGUACCAGAAGUAUGGACAGACGACGGAGGAAGAACUCUUCGGGAACAAUGAGACGUCGCCCGCGUUCGACGAGUUUCUAGAAAUGCUCGGGCAGAGGAUCAAGUUGAAAGACCAUAAAGGCUACCGAGGCGGUCUUGACAUCCAAAACGGCCACACUGGCACCGAAGCGGUUUACGAGCGAUUCUUCGACCGCGAGAUUAUGUUCCACGUCGCUCCCCUCCUACCGCACACGGCUGGCGACGCGCAACAGCUGCAGAGGAAGAGACACGUCGGAAACGAUAUCGUGGCGAUUGUGUUCCAGGAAAAGGCAACUCCGUUCACGCCAGACAUGAUCGCGUCCCAUUUCCUGCACGCCUUCAUCGUCGUCACGCCCGUGGAGACUAACGGCGGGGAGACCAGGUACAAGGUGGCCGUCACCGCUCGUGGGGACGUACCAUUUUUCGGGCCGACUCUCCCCCAGCCUGCGUACUUCCGCAAGGGGCGCGAGUUCAAAGAGUUCCUCCUUACCAAGCUCAUAAACGCCGAGAACGCGUGUUACAAAGCCGAGAAAUUCGCUCAACUCGAGCUAAGAACGCGAGCGUCGCUACUGCAGAAUUUGGCUGAUGAGCUGAAGAGCAAAACGGUGGAGUUCCUUGGUACGGGGGCGCGGAUGGAGCCCGGGGCGGUGUCUCCACAGCCGGAGGGUACGCCAAGGCAGGAGGGGCCCAGUACGAGGUUUAUUGAUACUGUGAAGAAGGCGUUCAUAUCGAAAGUCAGAUCACCGAGCGUAGACACGAAUCUCUCCGGCGACAGUAGCAAGAAUGUUCUGAACAAGAAAAUGAGCAGUAUGCAGGAUACACCCACCCCUAAUAGCGGCCGUUCCAAAACGUCAGUAGCGUCAUCCUCAGCGAGUGCGGUCUCAGUCCGAUCGGCCGGCGGCUCCGACGCCUCCAGUCCCGACGUGACGUCACGCGCCGCCGGCCCGCGGCCGCCCAUGCACGACCACAGCGACGACUCGAGCUUGAACUCCGUGGACUUGGACCCUCUUGACGACAAGGACUGGCUGAGUUGUGGUAAAAGUGCAACAGGUGGCGUGUACGUAGACAGCGACACAGGCCUAGAGUCCAUGUCAUCAGCGGAAGCGGGCGCGAAUCCGCGCGGAGAACCGCCCGCCGCUCCGCGCGCUGAUGCGGAACUGCUGAGACAAGAGGUCUGCAAGCUCAAGAACGAUAAGCUGGAUCUGUUGAAGCAGAAUAUUAGCUGGCAGAACGAAAUAAAAUGCCUACGCGAGAAAGAGAUGACGCUACAAGCGAAGCUGGACGCCGCCGCGCGCGAGCUGAGACGGCUGCGCGACCAGCAGGGCACCAUCAUCCCCAACCCAUCCACGCACGACUCCACCGCCUAAGCAACGAAUAUGCACCCUAUAAUUUACGGAAUACGAAACGUGGCGAUUGCAAAUUGUAACUUUGUUUUGCUUUACCAACUUAAUUUUGCGGCUGGUGAAAUUUUACCCAGAUACAAAAGCUGCGAGGUUUUGAGUUUGUCAUCCGCAAAAUAAGUUGGCAAUGAAGAUCGAACGGCUUUGUUUUACAUGCAGUACCAACUUAUUUUUGCGGCUAAUAAAGUUAUAACCAGUAACAAAUACUGUGAGGUUUUGCGUUUGUCAUCAGCAAAAUUAAGUUGGCAGAAGGAUAGCAUUAGUUUAAAGCAGUUUUUAAAUGUCUUGAUGGGCUUCAUUAAACUCAAUGUGUAGUUGAUGUGUCUUGCAGGAUAGAUUCUAUACCUACUUGCUCUCUAGGACGAAUUAUAUCUCGAAAAUAGAUAUAAUGACUGUCUUAAAUGGAUCUUAAUGUGAAUUUAGGUAUACAUUUACCUAAUUUUCUUGUGCAAUAUCAUUUCUGCUGCAAUAUAGUACUUAUACAAACACCAUGCUCUUGCUAUCCAUACAUGCGAGUACCGACUGGUAUUUAAAUAUUUUUUGAACCGUUAGGUUUAAAAAAUAUUUAUGAUUCUGGUCGGUAUUCGUAAAAUUCUAGAUAUACGUAUUUAAAACAUGGCUAUAUGUCGUUUGAUAUAUAAUAUACAGCACGUAUUGUAAGGUUUCUAUGACUAAUUUAGAGAGAAUAUGAUUCUAAUCUUUUAUAUGUUGUUAUACCAGAACUGUCUAUGCGAUCUUAUUUCCAAGGUUCGGUCGUACGUAUAUUUUGUAUCGACUUUCGA